GACAACGGUCGAGAAACGUUCUACAAGUUUUCCGCGGAAACGAUGUUUUGCCCGGUGAGAGUGCGAUUCGGUUAGAAGAUGCAGUGUUUCGCGUGCGAACGCAACGCUCCACGUGUGCCAGCAAAACGACGCGAUUCCUUUAAAGCCUCGAUUCUACGAAUCUCGCGGGUUUGAAAGUGGGACCUAAAACGAGAUACCACGCUCUUCAGUUAAUUUUGAAUUGAAACAUCAUGGGAACCAGAGCGGUUGCCGUGGGGGCGGCACCAGGAGCAGCAGGGGUAUCCGGUGAGGCUGGUUUAGCUGGUGUACCCAGACUUCUAGAGGACCUGGCUCGACUUUCCGAGGACAAAGAUACAGCUGACAUCGUCUUUCUGCUAGGUCGGGACGAGACGCCGGUGUAUGCUCACAGAAUUAUCCUGAAAGCGAGGUGCAAGAACUUCACGGCUGCCAAGAGGAUCGGGACACCUGGCAAUCCGACACCGGUGCGUAUGCCGCACGCUCAUUCGGAAACGUUUCGACAGUUCAUUCAUUACAUUUACACCGGCAAGAUCAUGCUGCAGGACAGUGGCAUCUUCGAGAUGCUGGGACUCGCUCACGAACUCGGUGUCGAGGAACUUCGAAGAAGUUGCGAGGAACACGUCUCUGCCACUCUCAGCCCCGGAAACGCGUGUGCUCUUUUGACUGCGGCUCUGGACGCCCAAGAGCGAGUUCCUGGUGGUAAAGGGGCUUGUUCUUCUUUCAUCGAGAGAUGUUUUGCCUACAUUGGAGAAAAUGCUGUAGACAUAGUCAAAACAACUGCAUUUUGCAACCUUCCGAAGGAUGCAUUGGUAAAGCUUAUAUCGUCAGACUAUCUGGGAUUGGAGGAAGAGGAUGUUUGGAGAGCGGUGCUGAACUGGGCUAAAUAUCAGGCAGGGGUGACGCAGCCUACUCAACACUGGACAGAGGAGGAACGUGUGAGGGUUUGCCAACAUUUAUCAGGAGUGAUAAAUCAUGUUCGCCUGCUGCUAAUCGACAGUCAAGUGUUUGCCGAGGAAGUAGAACCGACGGGAGCGGUGCCCAUAGAACUUUCCUUGGAGAGGUACGAAUUUUUCAAUCCCGAUCGAUCAAGUGGCUCAAAACCCACAAGGUAUAGGUACGCAGCGCUCCCGAACAAGUAUGCAGAAAUUUGUGCGGACAAACGGCUACAACCCAGAGUUAGUCCGUUACUGUUUCCUGGGUCACAGAUCUUGUCUCGAGACAAAAUGGGUUUCCAACGUCUUCUGAAUCAGUGGUAUGGAUCACCUAAGCAGACUUGGCGUUUGGUAUAUCGAGCCUCUAGUCAUGGUUACUCAGCAGCAUCGUUUCACCGACACUGCGACGGGAUUUGCCCAACAUACGUAAUUGCAUUGGGAACUCGAGGAGAAAUUUGUGGGGGUUUCAGCGAUGCGCCAUGGGGCAAGACGAAUGCUAAGGGACACUACAUCUUCUCAGAGAAGGCUUUUUUGUUCACGUUAACGAACAACCAAGAUGUACCCCCAACAAAAUACGACAUUGUCAAGAAACCUUUUGCAAUAUGUUAUCAUCCAGAUAUUGGACCAAUUUUUGGAGCAGGAGCUGACUUACUGAUUUCUAGUAACUGCAACGUGAAUAUGGAAAGUUAUAGCAAUCUUCCCCACAGCUACGAGGGUGAACACGCUUCCAACACUCUGCUGAUGGGAGACUAUCAUUUUUCCGUGGUAGACUACGAAGUUUUCACCCCCAGCCAUCCGGUUCCCAAAUCAACUCACUAAGUAUUUUUCGUUUCAUCAGCUUGUACAUAUAAGAUCGCACAUUUAUAGUUUCCACACAACUUCCGCGAGCUUAAUAUAAAAUCUAAGUGUUAAGAAUGAAACUUGUAAGAGUGCAAAUUGUUGUUUAUGAAUGAAGUAAAUUUUUAAUACACAUAGGAUAUACGUAUAUAAACAGAAUGUAAUUUUUUUAUACUAUUCGUAAAUAAAGGAAAAAUCGUACGUUUUUAGUUGUAAUUUUCAUUAGAAUGGUCAGGCGGUAGCCGAUCGAAAUCGACCGAUAUUUGCUUGCAAUUAAAGACUUUGGCUCUCCACGGGAAUCAAAGUAUGCCAAACGAUGUUCCGUGUCCCGCAUAAUGAAUCCGCUGUCUGCUACACUAUGGAGAACAGACAGUUCUCAGGAAACUCGUUAAAUCGCGCGAAAUUACUAUGUGAACAGAUGGCUUCGAAAUCUAAUCUGUAUUACAGUGGCGCGUUCGAAAGUAAACGUGAAAUGUGAAAAUCUACGGAAAAAUGCGAACUACUGAAUUAGGUAUAAGACUAUCAAAGACGCCGGUGACACGGAUGUACGUUCGAUAAACAACGUCGUACGAAUUCUACUUUUGGUCAAUUAAAAUUGUAAUUGUGUUCCAGUACCAGCGUACAUAACAAUUCAGUGGACGUAUUUCAAUUAACUAUGUAAAACGUGUAUACAUAUUAUUCGCCUCACGAAAAUUUGUCACUUUCUCUUUAAUCGAUCAUAUACGACAUCUGUUUACCUUCGUUCAAUAAUUAUUUAUGUAUCUAGUAAUCGAUAACAGCGAGUUACGAGUUUGACUUAUGUGAUUUUCAAAUGUUCCGCGUUCCAGUUUUUAAGAAGCGUCCGUUCGAUUAUUCGAUCAUUAACUAUUUAUUCGCGGACACGUGUCUUUCUGCAGAGUUACACAACAAAGAUUGAAUAUUGACCCGAUGCACGUAAUAUUUGCGCUCGUCGUGCAUAUUGCGAAAAUCCAACGUUUGCGCACAAAUUUUUUCCUCCCGCGCCACGUGUUUGAAACGCGCGGUUUACGAAGCUGUAAAAACAUCAUCGUAUACGGAGUGAUUGAUAUUUGAACGCAAAUUUUUAAUGUCUCGAUGGCUUCGUCAACUGCAUAUGCAUAUGGACUCUCGAGCCGAAAGAAUUUGCUCGGUGCACGCUGAAUAUUCAUGUUGAAGCUAGCGGCCAUCUUUAAUGUACUUGCGGUGGGAAAUGUUCGAUUAGGCUGAGGAAAAUGAGGACGUAGGUCUGAGGACCUCGGUACUAGGAGUAAUACUCUGGAAUGUACUUUGUAGGAAUUACCAUAUGUCGAGUUUCUACACGUCGAAUUACUAUUUCUCA